CGAAGGACUUCAGCCUAUCCUCGGCUAACGAUGAAAGCUACGGUCCUGGCACGGCGUCCAGCUUCAGGAGGGGGAGUUUUUUUACACAGCUCAAAAAGGUUGGAAAGCCUUCCCCGCUGAAGCCAUCUAGCCGCUCACCGUGGAUUAAAACGGGAAACUUUUCACGAUGAUCCUGAGCGUGGAAAAGUAGCAGCCGCCGCCGCAGAACACGGAGCCUCUGUCACCGCAAGCAGCAACUCCUGGUUAGAUGCACGACCACUGCUAAAGGAGAGGGGAGGGAAAAAAAUAUGCUCCAGCCGAGCCUCCGCGGCAGCAACAAUCCCGGUUUCAAGCGCAGGUUCCCCGCGUUUUAACCGCUUUCCUGAACGCGGCCGUCGGCCCUCCUCCUGGUUCGUUUCAAGCGCCUCUUCGAGCCUCCAGAGCCCGCCGUGAGAGUCUCAACUGCCGAGCCUCCAGAUGGCAACCCUAAUGGCAGGAAUGUCGGCAGGAAUGUCAGAAGAGUGCGGCGCAAAAAUACUGCUGGUGACAGCCAACGUUGGAUCCCUGUUCGAAGAUACUGAAAAUCUGCAGAAAGUAUGGCUGAAAGAAUUUUUUGAGACAGUAAAAGCGUUCAAGCCCCACUUCUUGGCCCUGCACUGUCAGGAGUGUGGUGGGAAGAGUUCGCUCUUAUCCUUGAAGCCGGUGAACUAUUUCAUCGAGGCGUUGAUCAGCUCUGACGAACUGACGGACUACAACAGAGCCCGCAUCUACAUCGACAAGACCCAGGAGAGCCCAGAGUAUUACACGGCUCUUGGAAGUUUUUACUUUAUCCAUGAGUCUGUGAAAAGCGUCUCCGAGUUUGAUUUCGAUGACGGCAAAUUUCGGAAGGUGAUCGGGAGGGAUGUCGGCAUAAUGAGCCCGGAUCGGUUAUCGUUACCCAUGGUGCAGAAGGAGAAGUUCCCAGCGGACUUCUUUCCACAGUGCCAGUCGUCCAGAAAGGGAUUCCUCAGAACUCGAUGGGGCCUUUCCAACUGUGACUUCGAUCUGGUCAACGUUCACCUCUUCCACGACGCUCACAACGUUAUGGCCUGGAAGGACAGUCCUUCCUCCUACGCCGGGAUCAGGCAGAAGGCCGUGAGCUUUAUUCUACAAAGGCUCUCAGACGAGAAGUACAAGAAGGUGCCAUUCUUCCUCUUCGGGGACUUUAACUUCAGGUUGGACGCCAAGCCACUGUUUGAGCAUCUCUGUUCUUCCAGCACGCUGGAGGUCAUCACAGACACCAACUAUGACAAAUUAAUGUUCAGAGAGACUAAUAACGACCGAAAGGUUGUUCUUGAAGUUGAAAAGAAGACUUUCAAUUACAUCAACCCGAACGUUUUCCAGGCAAACAACGGGACCUCGCUUUUACAGUUUGACAAAGAGCUGUCGAUGUUCAAGGAUCAACUGGAUGAGAUGGAGAUCACUUUCCCACCCACUUAUCCGUACAGUGAAGACCUCAGUCACGCCAAGCAGUAUAACACCACCAGAUGCCCCGCCUGGUGUGACCGGAUCCUCAUGUCAACUUCUGCCAAAUGCCUGAUUGCUAAGCCAGAAGAUGGGAAAAAGGAGGGAGAGCAGGAAAAUGAAGAGAAUGCAAUAGUGUAUGAUAACAUUGGGCCAAAUGUCUGCAUGGGGGACCACAAGCCCGUCUUCCUGUCCUUCCGAUUACCAGCGGGGAAAGGUAAUCCUUAUGCAUGUUCCUGCAGAUGUUGUGUGGUGCAGUGAUUUCGUGGGAAUUCUUGCCAAAGGGAGGUAGAACAUAUUCCAUGAAGAGCCUAUGUGAAAACACCUGAAAAACAUACACACACGCGCACACACACACACACACACACACACACACACACACACACACACACACACACACACACACACACACACACAUGUGCACGCAGUUUGCACAUGCACACACUGAAGAUCCCAGACAAGCUUCUUUUAUUUUCAGCGGCGCUGAGUUUUCCGGACGGCUCAUCCGUGCCGUUUUCUCUCCAUAAAACACUCGUCGCGAUGCGGACGAGCGCCAGAGGAGGCGCCAGAGGAGGCGCCAGAGGAGGCCCCGGCUCCGUGCCACAGACGCACAUUGCUGACCUCACCGUUGCCAUGCAACCCCAUUCCCCAGAAGAAGAAGAAGAAAAAAAGACAAUCAGGCCGAUGAAUAAGUCACCCUUUUUUUCCAUGCCUCGUUUCCAAAACUCUAAUCCAAAUCAGUCAUACUACAUGCUUUUAGACAUUUUACUGGCCAUUUUUAGGUAUGCCUAAAUGUAUAGAAGCUACUUUUCAAACAGUAUGUAAGGUGUUAAACAAAAAAAAACAGAAAAAAUAAGAAAAAUGUGCAAUGCAAAUCAUGUAUAUCUAUAUUGUUAGGUUUAUUUGUACAUUUGACAGUAUAAUAUAGAGCCUUGGAUGGUUUUAGUGCAGUUCUCUGACCAAACUUCGCCGUCCCUGUUGGAAUAAGUAGGACUUCUGAUCUUAGUUCAUUAUGAAACUAUAUGAAACUAUAUACUUUUCAUCCUGUUGCCUGACACAUCAGUGGACUUUUUCAUUUUAUAUGCUGUUCUUUUUAAAGAGAUAAUUUAUGAGUCGCACCAAAACGUUUGUGCUGCAGCGUGCGCAGAUGCUGAGUGAGCGGGAACGCCACGGAAAGCUUCGGAUAAGUUCAGGAAGAAAAACUCUUUGGUGAUUUAUUGCCUAUCCAAGAAUGUUUUAAGCAGUGCCAUAGACCA